CAGAUUGUAAGAGAAAUUAGCGGUGUUAAGAAGUCUCAAGCAAAAGCGGCGGCAAUUUUGUCCAGAAAGCAAGAACAUUGCAUCAGCAACUUGAUUGAUUUCAUUUUGAUUCUUUCUCGGAGUGUUUAUCAAUUAAAAGUUCCAGUGAAAUGUUGGCUCGUUUGGUCACAAAACAGCGGCAGCUAUUCCAUGUACGCAACUUUGGCCAGUUGACGUCGGCGGCAGCAUACAGAGUAGCUUCUCCGAGUAACACGGCACUGAUAGCAAGAAGGCCAUUCAAUGUUCAUCUACAACGGCAGCAGCAACAACAACAACCAUGGAGGACGGCAAUAGGGGCCGUAUGUUCGAGAACAUAUUGCAGUAGCAAUAAUAAACAGGGCGAAGAUGAAGAUCUUUUGGAUUCACAAGAUUUCAUUGUCAACAAAGAUCAAAAGUUGCCGGCCACUGUGGCAGUGCCCGAGGUAUGGCCACAUGUUCCACUGCUGGCAACACAUCGUAAUCCGGUCUUUCCUCGUUUCAUGAAAAUCAUGGAAAUCACAAAUCCCCAAUUAAUUGAUUUAAUUAGACGUAAAGUGACCUUAAAUCAACCGUAUGUUGGUGUGUUCCUCAAAAAAGAUAGCACAAAUGAAGCGGAAGUUGUACAAAAGUUGGAUGAUGUCUAUAAGGUGGGAACCUUUGCCCAGAUCCAGGAAUUGCAAGAUCUUGGCGAUAAAUUAAGAAUGGUUGUGGUGGCCCACAGGCGGAUAAAGAUAACAGGGCAAAUUUUGGAAGAAUUAUUGCCACAAGAAAAAACAACAACAAUACAUUAUCCACUAUUUAAUAUUAAAAUGCAAAUACCAGCUGAUGAAACAGCUCAGACUGGUAGUGGCAGCAGUAAAUCAUCCGCAGAUCUUGAACGUCGUAAAAUGGCACGAAAGGCCAGAACAGGUCGUUUACAGAAACGUGAAGUUCCACCAGAAACUACCUCAACCACGGAGACAUUGUAUGAUGCCAAUGUUGUGAAAACACCAACAACGCCAGAAGAUGCUAAAGCAGGCUCCACCGAAAAUGUUGCUCCCAAGGAAAAGGAGGCCGCUGAAUCAACGACUACCACAACUGAAACUGAAGCUGAAACCCCCUCAGAUCCUCUGCCGGUCUUAAUGGUUGAAGUUGUCAAUGUUAAACAUGAUAAUUUCAAACAAACCGAAGAGAUUAAGGCCCUGACUCAGGAGGUCAUAAAGACCAUACGGGAUAUUGUCAUUAUGAAUCCUUUGUAUAGAGAGAGUUUACAACAAAUGUUGCACCAAAAUCAACGUGUGGUUGACAACCCCGUGUAUCUUUGCGAUUUGGGUGCCUCUUUGUCGGCUGCUGAUCCCGAAGAGCUGCAAAAAGUUAUGGAAGAAAUGGAUAUCACCAAACGUCUCCAUCUGGCUUUGGCCAUUUUGAAAAAGGAAUUGGAACUCUCGAAACUGCAACAGAAAAUUGGACGCGAAGUAGAAGAAAAAGUCAAGCAGCAACAUCGUAAAUAUAUUCUACACGAACAAUUGCGAGCCAUCAAAAAGGAAUUGGGCAUUGAAAAGGAUGAUAAAGAUGCCAUUGGUGAAAAAUAUCGUGAGAAACUCAAAGAUAAAAAUGUACCCGAAAAUGUUAUGGCCGUCAUCGAUGAGGAACUGAAUAAGCUGAAUUUCUUGGAAUCACAUAGUUCAGAAUUUAAUGUUACCCGUAACUAUUUGGAUUGGUUGACAACCCUGCCAUGGGGUGUUUCUAGCGAAGAAAAUCUUAGUCUGGAACAAGCCACAGAAAUUCUGGAUCAUGACCACUACGGCAUGGAUGAUAUUAAGAAGAGAAUUUUGGAAUUUAUUGCCGUGUCACAGCUAAAGGGCACGACACAGGGUAAAAUUUUGUGCUUCCAUGGACCACCGGGUGUGGGUAAAACCAGUAUUGCUCGUUCCAUUGCCCGUGCCCUGAACCGAGAAUAUUUCCGUUUCAGUGUGGGCGGCAUGACCGAUGUGGCCGAAAUCAAGGGUCAUCGCCGUACUUAUGUGGGUGCCAUGCCUGGCAAGGUAAUCCAAUGCAUGAAGAAGACCAAGACUGAAAAUCCUUUGGUACUUAUCGAUGAGGUGGAUAAGAUUGGACGGGGCUACCAGGGAGAUCCUAGUUCAGCCUUGUUGGAACUUUUAGAUCCUGAGCAAAAUGCCAAUUUCUUAGAUCAUUAUCUCGAUGUUCCCGUGGAUUUGUCUCGUGUUCUGUUCAUUUGUACCGCCAAUGUUAUUCACACCAUACCCGAACCGUUGCGUGAUCGUAUGGAACUAAUUGAAAUGUCCGGUUAUGUGGCUGAGGAAAAGGUUGCCAUUGCCCGACAAUAUCUCAUCCCACAAGCCAUGCGUGAUUGUGGUGUAGAUGAAAAACAACUCACCAUUACCGAUGAUGCUUUGAAUACUCUAAUUCGCAGUUAUUGCCGUGAAUCCGGUGUUCGUAAUCUCCAGAAACAGGUUGAGAAGGUGGUGCGAAAAGUUGCCUUCAAAUUGGUACAAAAAGAAGGUGAACAUUUCGAAGUGAAUGCCAGCAAUUUGACCACAUUCUUGGGUAAACAUGUCUUCUCAUCCGAUCGUAUGUAUGAACAAACUCCACCCGGUGUUGUUAUGGGUUUGGCAUGGACAGCAAUGGGUGGUUCAGCAUUGUAUAUUGAAACGGCCCCGAGAUCAUUGGCCAAAUCCUCGAAAUCGGAAGGUGCAAGUGGUAGUGUGAAUGUCACCGGCAAUUUGGGUGAUGUCAUGAAGGAGUCAGCACAAAUAGCUUUAACCGUGGCCAGAAAUUAUAUGAGCACUGUGGAUGCCAGCAAUAAUUUCCUAGAUACCACCAAUGUUCAUUUACACGUUCCUGAAGGUGCCACACCCAAAGAUGGACCCAGUGCAGGUGUGACCAUAGUUACGGCCCUUAUGUCCUUGGCUUUGAAUAAACCGGUAAGGCAAAAUAUUGCCAUGACUGGUGAAGUUUCACUGAAAGGCAGAGUAUUACCUGUGGGUGGCAUUAAGGAGAAGACAAUUGCAGCUAAACGUAGUGGCGUCACAUGCAUCAUUCUACCCGAAGAAAAUCGCAAAGAUUACGAUGAACUACCCGCCUUUAUAACAGAUGGUCUUGAAGUUCAUUUUGCCUCUGUCUAUGAUGAUGUCUAUCGAAUUGCUUUUGGCCAUGCAGAGGAUCAGAAACAGCAACAACAACAGCAGCAACAAUAAUAUUAGACUAAAUACGAAUACAUUGCGUUAUUAAUGCUAAGCAUUAUACGAGUUUAUAUUUUUAAAUGAAAAAAAAAAACACUUAAUUUGAUUUUGUUUCGUUUUCUAUUGACUUUGCUUUCUUUCUCAGACACGACCAUUAUUUAAUUGUAUUAUAUUGUAAGAAACUGUUAUACUUUAACUGUUUUUAUUACAUUUAUUUUUUUACAAUUUUCUUGUAAAAAAAAUGAAAUCCCCAAAAAAAACAAAUCUUUACUAUAGUGAGUAUAUGUUGUUAAUAAUAUAAAAAUACGAAGGUAAUAAUAGUUAUAUAAUAAUAAAUAAAAAUAUAGAACACAUGUGGCCACAGUGGAAA